AAUGAUCCUCUUCAUAUUUUUUUUUUGGACCCUUCCUAUUCUUCUUCUUUUUUUCUCCCUGCUUCAAAGAACUCUAUAUAAGUCUUUUAAUUACCAAGUACAACUUCAUGCAUGAAACUUUUAGUGAGAAAAAUUAAUAUUCCAUAGUGUUUUUUUAAAAAAAAAAAAUUUAACCAAAGUUUUGUUUUGAUGUCUUCAAUGAACAACUGGCUUGGAUUUUCACUUUCACCACAUGAAGAAGUACUCACAUCACAACAAAGUUCACAUCAAGAAUGUUUUGAUCUCAUGACUUCUCAUCAUCAUCAUCAUCAUCAUGAAUCGACAGUAGUACUUCCUUCUUUAAAUGUUGUACCUCAUGAUAAUACCCCUUUUGGUAUUUUUGAAGCUUUUAACAGAAAUCAUCAUCAUCAAUCACAAGAUUGGAACACUGAUGAUACUAACUACAAGACCACAUCAGAAAUGUCUAUGUUAAUGGGUGGUUCAUGCAAUGGUCAACACCUUGAAAACAAUCAAGAACCACCAAAGUUAGAGAACUUUCUUGGUAUUGGUGAACAAAAGCUUCAACAAGUUUGCAGUAACAACAACAAUAAUACUAAUAAUAACGGGGACUAUAGUAUUUACUAUAGUCCCGCUAGUAAUAUUAUUAGCGAAAAUAACGCUAAUAAUAUUAUAGGUCUUUCAAUGAUCAAGAAUUGGUUGAGAAAUAACCCUAACACCACCACCGUGGCCACGACCACCACUAACCCGUCAUGUCAAGAUGAUAAGAAGGAUAAUGGGGGUGUUAUGGUGGUCGUGGGUGGUGGUGGUAAUGCACAAUCGUUGUCGCUUUCUAUGAGCACCGGUGGUGGUGGUGGAGAGAAUAGUUGCUCAUCUGAAAAUAACAAACAAGAGAUUGUGAAUGGGAAUAAUGGUAGUAUUAUUGAUGGACAAAUAAGUGGUGCAAUUGAAGUAGUGCCAAAGAAAUCUAUUGAUACUUUUGGCCAAAGAACUUCUAUCUACAGAGGUGUAACAAGGCAUAGGUGGACUGGAAGAUAUGAGGCACAUUUGUGGGAUAAUAGUUGUAGAAGAGAGGGACAAACUCGAAAAGGAAGGCAAGUUUAUUUGGGUGGAUAUGACAAGGAAGAAAAAGCAGCUCGGGCUUAUGAUUUAGCUGCACUUAAAUACUGGGGUCCCACUACUACCACUAAUUUUCCAAUCAGCAGCUAUGAAAAAGAGCUAGAGGAGAUGAAGCAUAUGACUAGACAGGAAUAUGUUGCAUCUUUACGAAGGAAGAGCAGUGGUUUCUCUCGUGGUGCAUCGAUUUAUCGAGGUGUUACAAGGCAUCACCAGCAUGGAAGAUGGCAAGCAAGAAUUGGAAGAGUUGCUGGAAACAAGGAUCUUUAUCUUGGCACUUUCAGUACACAAGAAGAAGCUGCUGAGGCUUAUGACAUUGCAGCAAUCAAAUUUCGUGGCCUAAAUGCAGUGACCAACUUUGAGAUCAAUCGAUACGACGUAAAAAGCAUACUUGAAAGCAGCACGUUGCCCAUCGGAGGGGCAGCUAAGCGUCUCAAGGAUGUUGAGCAGGGUGAAAUCGCGUUGGAUUAUCAGAGAGCAAGCCAAGAGAACAUUGUUAAUACUCAUUUGAUCACGAGUGGUUCAGUUGGUAGCUAUGGCGCGAGCCAUUGCUGGCCUAACAUCGCGCUGCAGCAAGCUCAGCCAUUGAGCGCGAUGCAUAGCUACCCUUAUAGCCAACCAAGGGUAUGGUGCAAGCAAGAAGUACAAGAUUCUUCUGAUCAUCUUAAUGUGACUAGUCAAAGUUAUCAAGAUUUUCAUCCACUUCAGUUGGGGAAUGGUCACAAUUUCAUGCAGACCAAUUCAGCUUUGCACAACCUAAUGGGCUUGGAUAAUUCUUCAAUGGACCACAAUAGUGUUGCAUACCAUCAAGGUGUUGGAUAUGCAAGUAAUGGUGGUAAUAAUCAUGGUGUUGGAUUUGUGUUGCCACAUUUGAGUUCAAUUAUACCUCAUCAAGAAAGCAACCAUCAACAGAGCCAAGCAAAUGGUUAUGGUGAGAAUGAAGUGAAGCAAUUGCAACUUGGGAAUGAGAACUUGUUUGGUUACUACAAUUCUCAACAAUCAACAUCCAACGGUUCGAUUAAGGCCAGUCUAUAUGAUCACCAGGAGUCGACUUGUAACAAUUGGAUGUCAACAGCUGUUCCUGUGGCUCUUGCUUCGAGGAGUAACACCAUGGCCGUUUGCCACGGUGCGGCCCCCACUUUCACCGUGUGGAAUGACACAUAGGUCUCACAACACAACAUGGAUUAUGGGGACAUUUAGCUAGCUAGCAAUGGGGUGUAUACAUAACUAAUCUCUGAUCUUUCUUUUUUGGUUCUCUUUUUUGCUGUAAGAUCAACUCAUGAAAGAUAGAGGGUUCCCUUUUUUUA